UGCCUGCUAAGCUGAUGUUCUGCUCUCGUUUGGGGAAGCAGAAUACAUUGUUUAGCACAAAGUUCAGGUACCCGAAGGGGAGUCUGUUGCUUCUGAGUCUCCCCCAGACUUCUUUCCUCAAUGGCAAGCAGUGAACAGAGUAUUUGCCAAGCCCGGGCUUCAGUUAUGGUCUAUGACGAUACCAGUAAGAAAUGGGUGCCAAUAAAACCUGGACAGCAGGGAUUCAGCAGAAUCAACAUAUACCACAACACUGCCACUAACACCUUUAGAGUAGUUGGAGUUAAACUACAAGAUCAACAAGUAGUGAUUAAUUAUUCAAUUGUGAAAGGAUUGAAAUACAAUCAAGCAACACCCACCUUUCACCAAUGGCGUGAUGCACGGCAGGUAUAUGGCUUGAACUUCGCAAGCAAAGAAGAAGCUACCACAUUCUCCAACGCAAUGCUGUUUGCUCUCAAUAUCAUGAACUCCCAGGAUGGAGGUCCAGCUACCCAGCGCCAGGUGCAGAAUGGACCCUCUCCAGAUGAAAUGGAAGUGCAGAGAAGGCAAGUGAUGGAGCAGCAGCAGCAGCAGCAGCAACGCCAGGAGUCUCUGGAAAGAAGAACCUCUACCACAGGCCCCAUCCUUCCACCUGGUCAUCCUAGUGCUGCUGCUGCAAUCCCUGCAUCAUCCAGUGGACCGCCGCCUCCGCCACCCCCACCAGUACCUCCUCCACCAAUGGGGGCUGCCCCGCCUCCCCCACCUCCACUGCCAGCAGGUGGAGCACAGGGGGUUGGCACUGAUGACGGGUCAACGUCCGGAUUCGCAGCAGCUCUGGCUAGUGCCAAAUUACGGAGAGUACAGCGGCCAGAAGAUGUUUCAGGAGGCUCCAGUCCCUGUGGGGCCUCUAAGAGUGAUGCCAAUCGAACAAGUAGCGGUGGAGGCGGAGGAGGACUAAUGGAAGAAAUGAAUAAAUUACUGGCAAAAAGUCUCUCCAGGAGAAAAGCAGCAUCGCAGUCGGACAAGCCAGCUGACAAAAAGGAAGAGGAAAGCCAAAAUGAAGAUGCUAGCACCUCGCCUUUGCCUGUUACACGAGGUCCCAGCCAGCCGCAGAAUUCUUCAGAACCGGGGAAAAAGCCAUGGGAAAGAAGCAAUUCUGUUGAAAAGCCUGUAUCUUCAUUACUCUCUAGAAAUCCGUCAGUGACGAAGAGUCCAGAUGUUAAGAGCCCAGUACAAUCUCAGCCACCUUUUAGGAUGAAGCCAGUAAGCAGCAGCAAUGAUGUGGCUAUGGAUGCCUUAGAUUUUGAUCGAAUGAAACAGGAAAUAUUGGAGGAAGUUGUAAGAGAGUUACACAAAGUGAAAGAAGAGAUAAUUGAUGCCAUAAGGCAGGAGUUGAGUAGAAUCAGCACGACAUAAUGACUGCACAGUAUCUGGAAGGUACUAAGGAUGCUAAGAAGACUGGAUCAUUUCUAAAUGUAUCAAGGUCAUGCAAGAUGGAGAAAAAAGAGGACACCUGCACUGUCUUUGUUCUUAAACCCUUUUUAUUAGCAGACUCAGCACACUUUGAAGCUUGCUGCUGCCUUGGAUUUGCUUCAUUUUAAAAGUCUUAAUCUAAAAGAAUAUUCAAUUUUAAAUUUCUGGAUUUUUUAGAUUUCAUCUGACACUGCACAUUGGAUUUGUCAGCCUUUUUUGUAUUUUGUAUUUGCUUAUUUAAAUGUAUUACAUUUCUUUUUAGUAGUAGGUAAGACAACAUGUGAACCAUCUGCUUUUAAUAGAUGACUUCAAAGUAAUUUUAUUAGUAGUCUGCAAUGUAAAUGAAGCCCCUUUGCCAACAGAAAUGUAUUGUGGCAUCACCAGAAGAAACAGAGACACAUCAGUUGUCAACUGACAAAAGUUUUUUGUGUCAGUUAUCACAAUAUUAAACCGGUACGUCAGUGCACCACAGUAUCUGUGUUCAUAUUGGUAAUAAACUGUUUAUCGUCCACAUGGCCCUCUGCUGGUUUUGUUUAUUAGCCUCUGCAGCUUCGUACUUUUGGUCUCCUGUGUCACUCCAGUAGGUUUUCCCUUGGCACCACUGAACACAAUAGUAAGGCUGCCUCUUGACUACCAAAAAAAA